UGCAAGUCAUACCACGAGGUCUUCUUCUCUUGAUUGUUUGUUUGAAACAAAAUGGCGACGGAUUGUGGAGCAGUGUGUAAAGUAUAUGCAGGAAAUCUUCCCUUUUCUCUAAAUGAUGACUCGCUUAGACAGUUAUUUGAAGACUCGGGUUUUAAAGUUGUGGAGGCUCGAGUCAUCAUGGAGAGAGAGCAACCAGAACGAUCAAGGGGUUUUGGGUUUGUCACCCUAGAAAACCAAGAGGACCUUGAAGAUGUUACACGGAAGUUUGAUGGAUUUGAGUACGAGGGCAGAAGACUUAAGGUAGCAGAGGCGUCAAAAGACAGUGGUGGUGGAGGCAGGAGAGGAGGUGGCUAUGGUGGCGGAAGAGGUGGUGGUGGUGGUUACAGGAGCGGCGGAGGGUACAGAGGGGGCGGAGGAUACAGGGGUGGUGGAGGAGGAUACAGGGGACGAGGAAGAGGUGGAGGUGGUUAUGGUGGAGGUGGUUAUGGAGGUGGUGGUUAUGGAGGUGGUGGUUAUGGAGGUGGUGGUUACGGAGGAGGUGGUGGUGGAUAUGGAGGCAGUGGGUACGGAGGUGGUGGUGGUUAUGGUGGCGGUGGAUAUGGUGGAAGAAGAAGCGGUGGCGGUGGAUACGAAGAUCAACAGUCAUACUACUGAAUCCAACUGGCCUCAGUUCCUGUACAGUUCAAUCAUGUUCCGUGAUAGGAUGACCGAUAUGACCGUUGCCUCUAAAUGACCAUGUCCGCAAAGUGUACAUUAGAACUAGUGACCGUAUAGUGCAUUGGCACCUGUGUAUGAAGAUCUCAAGUUGAUGCAUGUUCCGUUCAGUACCAGUUAAAAAGAUCACGGUUCAAGUUAUAGCUUUGUUAGUCGUCGAGGCACCCUAGCUCCAUAUAACCAUUCUUAAUUAUUUUUUUAUAUAUUUUAUGCUACGCAAUGAUAAAUCAUUAAAAGUCUUUUACCGUG